CCCGGGGGUCCCGGGGGCCCCGGCCCCUGCAUGUGUCAAGAGAUCCAUAAUAAAAACAGGCUCCGGGAUCUGGCCACGCGCUCGUCUCCACCAGGUGCAGAGCGGACACGUGUGAAGCGCAGCGCAGUGAGGGCGCGUCCACUUCCUGUGCUCGCCUUCGGAAUUAAAAGGUUGUGAAGAACGCUUUGCUUUUGAGCCGUUUUGUGAAGUCUGACAACGCGACAACCCAACGCCCCCGGCACCGGUGAACCCGCGCGGACUCUGUGAAGCGCUGGAUGUCGACUCGCGCGUGUUCGUGGGAACGCAGCAGCGUUGCACGUGAUAUUCCACGCUCGUAUUCUGAAAGCGAAUUCGCCCCGCUUCCGGUUUUCACCGCCUCCGGCUUGACGCAGAGGUGCCGCCGUCCGCCUGCAGCAUCGGAGAAGAUAUAACGGGCCGAACGCGCUCCACUUGUAACCCCCGGUGUCAUAACCGCUGCGGAAGAUGGUGGCGAAACAGAGGAUCCGCAUGGCCAACGAGAAGCACAGCAAGAACAUCACGCAGAGAGGGAACGUGGCCAAGACGCUGCGACCACAAGAGGAGAAGUAUCCCGUGGGCCCCUGGUUGCUGGCCCUAUUUGUAUUUGUCGUGUGUGGAUCAGCCAUAUUUCAGAUCAUUCAGAGCAUCCGAAUGGGAAUGUGAUUCAGAAGGAGCCUCCGGAUCCCCUCCCCGUUCCCCCAUGGCCUCACUGAGCCUGGCACCGCCCGACUCCCGUCCAGAGGCCCGGAGACUGACACCGGAGCUUCGUACCCCCGCAGAAGUCAGAGAGACUCCCCGCCCCAGAUCAGUGUUUACAGUGUUGCAGUCUGUGGUAGCGACAGCUUUUCUAUGGACAAGUCUAAAAACCACAGCGCUUGGAGAACAUGCGUGUCUCGUUGUGUGCGUGAAGGUGUGAGAACAGUGGAUGUGAGGGACUGCGUGCGGCGACAAUGUGCCAACGUGCCAUAUCUGUCUGUGUCGGCAUUCGUCUGUGUUGUGUGAGAAGAAUCAUUUUUUCAAAUAAAUGUGGAGCAUUUA